ACAAAAGAGGAAGAAGGUUGAAGGAGGCGGAGGAGGUGUGUUUGUUGGGGAAGUGGAGUGAGAGAGUUUAUUCGUUUCGUUUAGUUGUUCUUAAACAAUACAUGCAUACAUUAGAUUAACGUUUUAAUAUUCUGAAAUUUUGCGCCCUGUCCGGCAAAUAGCGCCUGCAGGCGAGGCGCUGCUCAUCUCGAACAAGCCUGUGUACGGCAGGAGGACUGGUCACUCGAGUUCAUGUUCGAAAAGGGAGGCGGAGUCAAACAUGGCUGACGAAAUAUUGGUGAUAAACACAGCUGUUGAGGACCACGAAGAAAACCAACACUUAGAUGGGGCUGAAGUUUCAGGUCCGGCGGCUCACGGCAGCAACGGUGGGAACUCUGGCGAGAACACGACUCCGUCUGCGGAGGAGAGCAGCUGGUCAGCUCCUAUCUUGUCUCUGGCUAGGAAGGCCACGGAGACGAUUAGCAGUGGGAUGAGCUACGCUACUGCCCCUAGAAAAUCAUCUCAGGGGUCCGCUACAGGUUCUCCAUCGAAGAAAGGGUCCGAAAACUACCUGAACCACUCAUCUUUAAACCAUACGGUCCUGACCCCGAAAGACCCCAUGGCAAUAGAGAGAUCAAACCUCCUCAGUAUGCUGAAGUUAAGCACCAAGGUAUUAAUCCAGUCCUCCUUGAGUCUGGGCAGGACUCUGGACUCGGAGUACCCUCCUCUUCAGCAGUUUUUUAUUGUCCUUGAACACUGCCUCAAACACGGCCUUAAAGCCAAGAAAUCCUUCAUCAGUCACAAGUCCAUAUGGGGACCUCUUGAACUGGUUGAGAAGUUGUGUCCAGAGUCUGUCAACAUUACCACAAGUGCCAGGGAUCUUCCAGGAAUCAAAACUGGUUUAGGGAGAGGACGAGCCUGGUUACAUCUGGCUCUCAUGCAGAAAACCGUAGCAGACUAUAUGAAAGCCUUGCUGGAACGCAAAGACCUCUUGAGUGAAUUUUAUAACCCUGGUGCAUUCAUGAUGGAGGAGGAGGGAGCGAUAAUGGGAGGACUGCUGGUGGGCCUCAAUGUAAUCGAUGCUAAUCUUUGUAUUAAAGGGGAGGAUCUUGAUUCACAGGUGGAAGUCAUUGAUUUUUCCCUCUACCUGAAAGAUCCGACCAAUAAUGAGACACACAAAGAUGACUCCAAGAUGACAGCUAUACUGGAUCAGAAGCACUACGUUGAGGAGUUAAAUCGUCACUUGAGUGGUACAGUCACCGACCUUCAGGCUAAGAUGGACUCGUUAGAGAAAACCAACAGUAAACUUGUAGAGGAGCUGACAGCUGCAACAGACAGAAUCAAUUCAUUACAGGAAGAGCAGGAGCAGCUAAGAAAUGAGAAUGAGGCCAUCCUCCAGUUAAGCCAGAAAAAAGAAGAGGCUGCCCUUCAGGACAGUCAGGUGGAGCUGGAGACAUACAAACAAACCCGACAAGGUCUGGAUGAGAUGUACAACGUGGUGUGGACACAGUACAAGGAAGAGAAGAGGAUUCGACAGGAGCUGGAGCAUGAGCUGGAGCUCCAGGUGGGGCUGAAGCAGGAGAUGGAGGUGGCCGUGAAGCUGCUGGAGAAGGACAUCCAUGAGAAACAGGACACACUGGCCACCUUACGACUCCAGCUUGACCAGGUCAAAACUCUAAACCUACAAAUGUUCCACAAAUCUCAGGACACGAAGCAACAAGCUGAAAAAAAACAGGCAGAGGCUGUGCAGCUUGAGCAGAAGAUAAAUGAAAUGGAGAAAGCCAUGGCGGAACUGGAGCAGAGAUUACAGAACUCUAAGAGAGAGCACAGACAAACCGACCAUUCGGACAAAGACAUGAAGGUGGAGCUGGAAGGAAAGAUUGAUGCGUUGCAGAAACAACUUACAGACUUGGAUACACUAAGAAUGGGGUUGGAAAACGAGCUGUGCUCUGAAAGGGAAAAUAGACAGAGUUUGCAACAAACUCUCCGACGACAGCAAGACAGCAGCAAUGAACUCUAUACCCAGCUGCAGCAGCUGCAGGGCCUGCAGAUGGAGCUGCAGGAGUUGAAGCAUGAGAAAAAGCAGCUACAACAGAAAUGUGAGCAGCAGGAACAGACUCUACAGGAAAUGGGACUGCACCUUAGCCAGUCUAAACUCAAGAUGGAGGAUUUUAAGGAAGUCAACAAGGCCCUUAAGGGUCAUGCCUGGUUGAAAGAUGAUGAAGCUACACAAUGCAAGCAGUGUCAGAAGGAAUUCUCCAUCUCACGCAGAAAGCAUCACUGCAGAAACUGUGGAGACAUUUAUUGCAACAACUGCUCCAGUAAUGAACUUGCCUUACCCUCCUACCCUCGGCCAGUGAGGGUGUGUGACGUGUGUCACGCUCUCCUGCUGCAGAGAAGCUCAUCUACAGUUUCUUGAAAAAACACCUUAAAGCCUUCUCACUCUAAAUAAACCCAAUCAUGCAUUUUAAAACUAAUAAAUUUAUAGCUAUUUAUAAUACUAGUUACAUUAAAUCAUCUGGUGAUGGGGCCGGCUAAUGAAGGCAUGGAUACAAAGUUUUUAAUGAUUCACCAUUUCUUUACUGAUAAUGUAAAAAUUUUUGAUAUUAAUCUGAUAAAAAUACUGUUUUUGUUCUAAACUAGAAUGUCAUGCUCUAAAGCCUGUUCAGCUUUUGUUCAAUUAAUCUGACAUAUGACAUGGAUGCAAGUUUGUGUGAAUGUAUUAAGUUAUAUCACGUGAACGUUUUAUAGAUCAGGUCAAUGUCUACAAAAACUGCCCCUGUAUCCCAGGAGUGGGAACUGAUUGUUUCGUUUGAUAAAUAAAUAGUCUUGUUUUUCCCAAAUUCUUACCAGU